ACUGAAAGAUUUCUGCACGUGGUGGUUAGCCCACAUGCGCAAGCCCACAUAAUUAUUAGGAUCCUCCCAUACACCCACGCCCCCUUUUCUAAAGGGAGGCGUGGUGUUGCCAGUAUAGAGUACGAUAUCUCCUCCAUCUCCAUCUCUCUCCAUCUAGUAUGUCUAGCUGCAGUUAAGUUGUUGCUGGACCUCAUACGGAUCCUGUAGCAGUACAAAAUGAGCAAGAAGGCGGAGAGUGUGAAAGUGGUAGUGCGUUGUCGGCCCAUGUCCCAGGACGAAACAGCUGCAAACUAUGAGAGAGUGGUGGAUAUGGAUGUGUCUAGGGGGAUGGUGAGUGUGAGAAAUCCGAAGGCCAGAGAUCAAGCUCCAAAAGAGUUUACAUUUGAUGCUGUAUAUGACUGGAACUCCAAACAGAUGGACCUUUACGAUGAAACGUUUAGAUCAACUGUUGACUCUGUCUUAGGAGGUUACAAUGGUACCAUAUUUGCAUAUGGGCAAACGGGGACGGGCAAGACAUACACAAUGGAAGGAGUGCGUGGGAACCCGGAGGAGAGGGGGGUGAUUCCAAACUCUUUCGAGCAUAUUUUCACGCACAUAGGACGCACCCAUGAUGAGCAGUACCUGGUUAGAGCGUCCUACCUGGAGAUAUACCAGGAGGACAUUCGCGACCUGCUCAACAAGAACCAAGGCACCAAACUAGAACUGAAGGAGAGGCCGGACACAGGAGUCUAUGUUAAGGAUCUGUCCUCGUUCAUAGCCAAGAGUGUUAAGGAGAUUGAGCAGGUGAUGAGUGUGGGAAAUCAGAACAGAUCAGUCGGACGUACGGAUAUGAACCAACACUCGUCGAGAUCUCACGCCAUCUUUAUCGUCACUGUGGAGUGCUGUGCGAGGGGCCCCGAUGGAGAGGAUCAUAUCAGAGUGGGCAAGCUGAACCUCGUAGACCUAGCCGGAAGUGAGAGACAGUCAAAAACUGGAUCCACAGGUGAUCGAUUCAAGGAGGCUACAAAGAUCAACCUCUCCCUGUCUGCUCUGGGGAAUGUCAUCUCAGCACUAGUUGAUGGUAAGAGCACCCAUGUACCAUAUAGGGACUCAAAGUUGACCCGACUGCUCCAGGACUCACUAGGAGGUAAUGCCAAGACUGUCAUGGUCACCAAUAUCGGCCCGGCCAGCUAUAACUAUGAGGAAACUAUCAUCUCACUGAGGUAUGCAAAUCGUGCCAAGAACAUAAAGAACAAGCCUCGUAUCAACGAGGAUCCCAAGGAUGCCCUGCUGAGGGAAUACCAGGAGGAGAUAAUGCGUCUGAAGACCUCCCUAGAGAAGAGGAAAGACAAGGGGCAUGGCCACAGGGGCCGGAGGAGGACUGAGUCUGGCAGAGAGGUUGCGAGUGGUGAAGAGAGUGGCGAGGAGGGAGAAGGGGAGAAAGUCGAGUCACUCAAAGCACAGCAGUCUCAGUUGGAGGCAGAGAAGCAGGCCAUCCUCCAAAACAAAGAACUUAUUAAUGAGGAGAAGCAAAAGAUGGUGACAGAAGUCCAACGCAAACAGGACCAGCUCAAGAAAGAGCAAAAGAAGAGAGACCAGCUAGCACAGAAGAUAAAGGCAAUGGAGAGCAAGCUACUAGCUGGUAAGGACGUUGUGGACAGAUCAGCUGAGGCUAAGAGAGCUGUGGAACUGAAGAGACAAGAAGUUUUUGAACAAAAACGUCGAGAACGUGAGAUUCGUCAGCAGCUAGAGCUCAAGGAGGAGAGCACUCUGGAGAUAAAAGGCACCUUCAGCUCUCUGCAGGAAGAGGUAGACUCAAAGACAAAGAAACUGAACAAACUCAAGUCAAAGCUGAAGGCUUGUCGAGAAGAAAUGGCUGACCAAAAGGAGGAGCAGAUUCAGAAGAGGGAAGAGCUGGCACUUUCACUGGAGGAUCUUCAAAGACAGCUAAAAUUAAGGACGUUGAUAGUAGAGAAUUUUGUGCCCACUGAUGAAGUUGAUAAGAUACAGAAGAGAGCUAUGUUUGACGAGGAUACAGACCAGUGGAAACUGAAAUCCUUUGAGCCAAUCAAUGAGGAGAACAUGCUGAGACGCCCAGUGUCAGCUGUGGGUGGUGUGCGACCCGUGUCCCUGUACGCCAGGUUUGGUGUCCAGAACGGGGACCCUCGAUUCAUGGCUGACAACAUUCUCAAGGUGGAGCUGGACAUGCCCAAUCGAACCACACGAGACUAUGAGGGACCUCUGGUGGCUCCCAGUCUGCAGGCAGCACUUGAUGCAGCAAUGCAGGAGGAGGAGGAGAUGGUCUUUGAUGCCAUGGAAUUCUCACAGCCUGGCCAAUCCCAUAAGUCCAGUGGAGGCCAGCGUAAGCGUAGGAGCAAGGAAGGCCAUGCCAGACUAAGACAGAAGAAGAGUCAAGGAGCUGUUCCUAACGAUCACCAGACCAAAGUGGCAAAAGAUAAUUCUACAGAACACUUUCCUUCCACUAGGGGAUUAGUUAGUCGACCAGUUAGGUUCGCAUAGCACUAACGUACUGAUUCAUAGGACGCUCUCCCAAUAACCCUCACAUCACUUAUAUAUUAUUCAUGCUUGCCAAUAAUUAUAUAUGGCCGAGUUUUUGUUAUUAUUAUGCUA